AUCAACUAUGAAAAAAGAUAUUGUUUAUUUGCGACGACACGUCGUAUGUACGAGUAUAUAUUUAAGUAUAAUCGAAAAUAGUAAAUUGCUAUUUUGCUUUUAGACGAUUUACAGCGACUAAUCCGAGCGUGUAAACGAUGCAAUCACAAAAUGCACUAUUAACAUAGUAAAAUACCAUAAUAACAUUGCUAUACAUAUGGAAUUAAUAAAAGUUUUCGAAAGCAUGUAUCCAUCUAAUAAACAAAUCUAAUGUAAUAGACAAAGGAAAUCUUUAAUUGAGACCAGUAAAUUAGGAUUGUAAGCAUGUAUAUAGGAAUCAUGUAUGAAAAAUCAACGUAAUCUAAGUGAGCGAAUCUGGCGAGCAUCGAACCGCGCGGAAUGAAAUCAAGCCCACGUGAUAAGUCUGCGCCGCUCCUUCUCCUUUUUCCAUUGUUUUAUCACUCGCUGUUAAACCGCUCAAGUACAGCGUUAAGUUAUUAUAAUAUUUAGCAGGUGAAACGAAUCUCCAUGAUAUUUACCAAAAAUCAUCGAUCCGGAUAGGGGACGGAUGAAGCAAUGGUGAUGUGUCCAAAAUUACGAAGAUCAUCGUACAUGUUCCUAUUAGGAGACAAAAAUGUCCCGCAUGGAUCCCGCCACAUAGAUGAUGCAUGCGGUCGCAUCAACUUUUCAAAUCCUGAAUGUCGAAAUUUAGAUCAUCUGCUGGUCGAUCGAUGUCCUUAUGUAAAUUGAUUCGGAUGGCUGAUGAUCAAACAGAUAUAAGAUCCAAAAUACCGGUCCUAUUGCUCGCUAUUUUACCCGAAAACUUUUUAAGUUAUAAUCUCAUACAGAACUAGCAGGAUACUAUGAUCUCUUCGAAAUCACAAGGCCCGCCGCAAAAAUCUAAAGUAAGCUACGAUUGAGAUUAAAAUGUAGAUAUUAUACAUUGUACAUACGUAACCAUAUUUAGUCUUCUUCAGCAUCUUUGCUCCCGUUCUCCCGUUUUCAAAGGAAAAAAAUAACGAUCGUCGUUAACUAAAUUAAAAAUAUUUAUUUUGCACUUCAUUGAAAAUAUGUACACGUAUAUUUUAAGAUUUCCAAUUAGAAAAUUUUAUUUAAAAGUUUUGAGAGAGUAUGUUAUAUAUGUACACCUAAUUUAUAAUUUCGCAUUGAUAAGACUUCUACCUUUAGGGUAAGUAACGGAGGUAGAAGAUGAAGGUGAAAAGAAAAGGUAGCAAGAGAGCAUGAAAAAGAAGAGCGAAUGAUGUGCGAGGGGUGUCAGAAUAAAAAGAAACAAAUGGAAAUAAGGAAAGGAUAUUUCGCAAUACUUUUCCUCGAAAUAUCUCUCUCUCUCUCUCUCUCUCUCUUUCUCUCUCUCUCUCUCUCUCUCUUUCUUUCUCUCUCGUGCAUGAGAACAACGUACCACAUACGAAAAUACGUAUAUGUAUUUACUUUUUCUUUUUUGUCGAAAACUAAUUGUAAGUUUACAAUAAUCCGUUUUGAUCAAAUAUAUGCAUUUAUAAAAAAAUUCAGAGGAUAUUGACGGGAGUACGAUUGCGACUGAUGAAAUUCUCAAUCAAAGUUCGCUGAUUCGUUUAAAGUUUUAAAUGCUUCGUUGUUUCUAUUAUAGAUACGAGAUUUUCAAGGUUCUCCGCUCAUUCGAAAUUACCUAGUCGAAUAUAAGAGAUUUUGAUCAUCGUACGUAACAAUAGAAAAUAAAUAGAAUAAGUGAAAUUAAACGAAAAUUCAUUUGGUACUUAUAAAUUAUGGCUUGUAAAACAGUUUAUAAAACGGGAUUAAUCGAAGUUACAUCAGGGCUACAUACAUACAUACAUACAUACAUACAUACAUAGAUACACGAAAUCUGUUAUAAAAGCGCCAGUGUGUAAAGGGUAUUAUUUAUACGGGGAAAAAUCGGAAAAAGAGGAAGAAAAAAUAAGAAAGAGAAAGAAUAGAGGAGGCGGAGAAAAAGAAACGGAAGGAACGAGAAAAAGAGACGAUGACUCAAGAAGUGAAAGGUCGACAGGUUUAUUCGUCUGUCUGUUCCUCUGUUCGAUUGCAUGAUCUUUAUUGAAAACGAAAGGCAUUCCCUCCCCCCCCCCCCUUCCGUUUCGUAGAUCUGAAACGUGGUCCAAAAAUUCUCAUCGAGAUAGAUUUGACGGUGAAGAAGUGGAUGGGUCUCUCUCGGCUUUUGUCAAUAGCAAUCGAUUUUCGUUCGUUAGUCUGAGUCUAUCAACGAACCAAGUCGCAACUUGUAAACAAGAGUGUGAUUCUGAUUCUGAUUCUGAUUCUGAUUCUGAUACACGAGUGCUUACAUCGUUUCCUUUCUUCCGUCCAAUUGACUCGAAGUAAAAUAUGUUCUGUUAAAGUAUCGAAUAUAAAUUAAUCGACUAAAAUUUUUUACGGCUACGUAAAAAAAAAAAGAAAAAAAGAAAAAUGCUGUUCUUCGAUUAAAAUGAAGAAUCCUGUGUAAAGUGUUAAUAAAAUCUUAUUCGAUACGGUGAAAAAGAUAAACAAGAACCUUAAGUGGAACGAUUCGGUUCGUUAACUUAACUGCUCCCCGAAGUAUUCAAAAUUUUUGACGGGGAAACAGUUUGAAAUAAUACGACCGUGGCCUGCAGCGUAUUCCUUAAUAUCUUUUAUACUAGAUAAUUUUCCUUCUCUUUUUAUUUAUCAUAGGAAUUAUUUAUUGGAAGAAAUUAUUUGUUAUUUGAUAAAAGCUGUGGCAAAAAAUUUUUUAAAUGGAAAACGACGCAAGCCAUAUGGAGGGAGAAUUAAUGGAAAGGAGGAGAGCGACCACCUUGGAAGAGUGUUCCCGUAUAAUCGGGGUGAACGGCGUGGUUCGUCACAACAGAGACUCGUUUAAACAACUGUUGCUGGAUCUGACGUUGAUGGAAAAAGUGUUUUCAUUGUUCGACCGCAAUCAGGAUAAAAUAUUGACGCAGGAUGAAUGGAUCGAAUUCUUGAAGGGAAGAUUAAAAAAUGACAAACCAAACGAUCUUAUUAUCCAGCUCGAGAACGUUGCGUACAGCAUAUGUGGCGAUAAUCCAGUAACUUUUCCGAAAUUUCAACAGAUAUUUUCUACUAAAGAGAUCGUAGAUAAAUUAUUUCGACGGAUUGACGAAGAAAACUUGGGAUAUGUAACAUCGUUUCAAAUCAUGGAAUUCCUCUCGACAAUUAGCAAUACCAGACCGCUCGCCGGCUUCGACAAGCGCAGUUUGGAAUGGCUGGAAAAACUUUUUAAACAGACGGUGGGCAAUGAAAAGGAAAUUAGGCGCGAGGAAUUUAACAAAAUCGUCACUUCGAAGAACCCGUUUUUCACCGACCGGGUGUUCCAAAUUUUCGACAAGGAUAAUUCUGGAACGAUAUCGCUUCAAGAGUUCCUCGAUGCGAUGCACCAGUUCGCUGGAAAAAGUCCCGACGAUAAGAUAAAAUUUCUCUUCAAAGUUUACGACAUAGAUGGUGACGGAUUAAUACAACUUCGCGAAUUGGAACACGUGAUGAGGGCCUGUAUGGAAGAAAAUGGUAUACAAUUUAACGAAGAACAAAUUGAGGAAUUAACUAUGGCCCUGUUUGAUGAUGCUGAUCAGGCUAACCGAGGUGCCAUCACCUUUGAAGCCUUAAAAAAACAAUUGGAGAAGCACGAAGGCUUAUUAGAAAAUUUAUCGAUUAGUAUCGACCGAUGGCUGGUACCGCCAAAGCCGGAAACGAAGCGAAAAUCACGGUUUGAAUUUCUCACCACUUCAUUGCGUCCUUAUCAGUUAACGAAGCCAUAUAUGAAAAACAAUUACGUUUACAUCGUUUUCAUCUCGAUCUUCGUCUCAAUCAAUGUGGCCUUAUUCGUAACAAGACUCUACGAAUAUAGAACGUCUAAUGGCUACGUUAUGGUUGCGCGUGCCUGUGGCCAGUGUUUAAACUUCAACUGCAGUUUCAUCCUGGUUCUUAUGUUGCGUCAGUGUAUUACCUUUCUACGAACUCAUGGCUUUAAUUCUGUACUGCCAUUAGAUCAACAUAUCUAUCUUCACAAAGUGUCUGGAGCUCUAAUUGGUAUAUUCAGCGUAGUGCACACGGUGAUGCACCUUCUUAAUUUUGGCACUAUUGUGGUGUAUGACGAGGCUUUUAACUACAACAACUAUACGAUGUAUGAGUGGCUAUUAACAAGUCGGCCAGCUCUAUUUGGGCUCAUAGCAGGUUAUGCAAAUCCUACCGGAGUCAUCCUUAUCGUUCUUCUCGUCGUAAUAACGAUUUGUUCCAUGCCAUUUGUUCGACGCGGUGGAUGUUUCGAGAUAUUUUAUUGGUCACACUUAUUAUACAUACCAUUCUGGAUUUUGACGAUACUACAUGGACCGAAUUUCUGGAAAUGGUUCAUAGGACCAGGUACCAUAUACAUGCUGGAAAGGAUACGUCGAAUUGCCUGGUCUCGUUCGCAAUUGGGAAAAACGUACAUAAGUUCAGGCCUUCUGCUACCAUCGAGAGUGACGCAUUUAGUCAUCAAGAGACCUCCACAUUUCGUCUUCCAUCCCGGCGAUUAUGUUUUCGUCAACAUUCCAGUUAUAGCUCGUUACGAAUGGCAUCCUUUCACUAUUAGCAGCGCUCCAGAACAGGAAGGCUACAUAUGGCUUCACAUACGAGCAGUAGGUGAAUGGUCGAAUAGUCUUUACUCGUACUUUGAGAAAGAGCAGAUAAAACUUCAAAGAAACAAUAUAUUUGCUGUUGAGAGUCGCGGCAGCACCGAUGCUCCUAUGAAAAUAUAUCUUAACGAAAAACAACAACUAAAUGCCAAUGACAAGAUACUCUCUCCCAAUACGACAAACGGAAAUCAUCGUUGUUUCGACAAUUCUGCGUUUGUUCCUGAUAGCGAAAAAAUAAUACACUCGCCACAAUCUGCAAGCGGCACAGCAGAUAACAACACGUUAUCGAACAAGCGGGAACUUCGUCAUUCGCUGUUUAUUAGCAGGAUCCCUUUGGAAAAGUCUAUUUCGGUACCUAAUAUGUUGUCAGGAAGAAAGAAAAACGAAAGAUUAGCUGUACUUCGCGAUUACACGAGAUCAGAAUCGGAAAGAAACCUCAACGACCGUGAAAUACGCCAUAAGCGUUUAAAAUCUCUAGACCAGGCCUAUUCCAGCCCGCAGAAUAAAGGAUUGGCACAAAGCUUCCGGUACAUGCGAAAUAAACCCACAAUAAUUGCUUUCAAGACUCCAAGUCUGGAAAACUACGAAUUAGAAUCAACAACAUCGGCGAACGAACACAUAAUGCGGCAAACAACUGUGGGCAAAUACGGGAGAAAAUCAUCGAAUAAUCCAAUAAUAAAUACGAUGCAAGCAGCAGCAGAGGAAGGUAGACUACAAAUGAGAUUCGAAGAAACUUCGCAAAGAGAUUACGAUGAUAUCAAAUCUGACGAUCCUUCGGAUGUAACACUAAACUAUACCGUCGGCAAACCAUUGGAGAUUUUCCUGGAUGGACCAUACGGAGCUCCUUCGAGUCACAUAUUUCAGGCCCAACAUGCGGUUUUAAUCGCAACGGGAAUCGGAGUAACACCUUUCGCUUCGAUAUUACAGUCCAUCAUGCAUCGUUACUGGAAAGCCAGGCAUACUUGUCCAAAAUGCAAGUUCUCCUGGGCCAGUGAAAUACCUCCCACCGUGAUGCAUCUUCGUAAGGUAGACUUUUUCUGGAUCAAUAGGGAUCAACGAUCCUUUGAAUGGUUCGUGAAUUUAUUAUCACAACUAGAAAUGGAACAAGCAGAGUUAGGCAUCGCUAUGGAGCGUUUUCUUGAAAUGCACAUGUACAUUACCAGUGCUUUGCAGAAGAACGAUAUGAAAGCCGUUACCUUGCAGCUAGCUAUGGACUUGGUUCACCAAAUGGAAAAACGGGAUCUGAUAACAGGUUUAAAAACACGGACGAAUGCUGGCCGACCGAACUGGGAUAAAGUGUUCAAGCAGCUUCAGGAUCAGAAGAAAGGCAAAGUGACAGUCUUUUACUGUGGUCCACCGCAACUGGCAAGAAUUUUACGUUACAAGUGCGACCAAUUCGGUUUUAUCUUUAGAAAAGAGUCAUUUUAAGCCUUUUAAGAAGAGAAACCAUACCGUAAUGUCUAUUUAUUUAUUACAUCGUACUGUUGCGAAAUAUGUUUAUAAAAUCUCCAUUCAUCAUCUAUUAUGUUUUAAAAGUAAUGGCAUACACCGUAACUAAAUGUUCCAUUAUAUAGUGAAUGUUAUCUAAUUUUAUUUCGUCCAGAAUCCGUAUAAUCUUUUCAGUAAUGUCAUCCAAAUACAAAAAUUUUACUUCAUAUUAUUCAUAAUUCUGGCUGUUUCGUGCAUCAACCAAAUUGUUAUUAAUACAAGGAGAAAAUUUAUUUGUCGUUCUGUCAUAAUCGGAAAAUUUCGGGUCAAAAUGCCACUACAGGAUCAACUAACUCUCGUCAAAUUACUUUUUUUCCAAUAUGCAAUCGGAAUUGCGAUAUUUGGCUAAUUUCAGAUGUGUAACAACCUCAUAUGCCAUACGAUGUCUCUAUGUAUACUCUGUCCGACGAGACGAGGCAUUAAACGUAAUCAAAUUUUGUUUACUAUAUGGUUUAGUGAAUACGUAUCAGUCUGCUUAUUCUGCAGAACAUUUUAUUUGUUAUUAGAAGUAAGAAACAAUAAAGGAAAUUAAACACUCAGAGGAAAUUAAAUUAAUUUAUUAAAGAUAAAUAUAUAAAAAUAACUAAAAAUUAAUGACGAAAACGGUUAAUUCGAAAUCACGUUAAAACCGUCCAAGUUAAUUAAAAGAAAUAGAACAAGCGCGCUACAAGAAUAUAUGUAAAUAGAAAGUUCAUCUAAAUAAAGUUGAAAUAAUCAAACUAUAUGAUUCAUUUUACAUAAGAUCGGAGAAAAAAAAAAAAAACUAAUAUUUAGAAUGAUAUAAUAAUGGAUCAAUAAUA